AUGGAGGCUUUAACACACCCCGAAACUUUGUUCACUCUCUCUCAGGCAUUGCGGAUACUCUCUCCAUCUACAGUACUUGAUUCAAAGGAUUUACAACGAGAUUUUCAUCAAUUCUUCCUUCGGGGUGAUCAGAACCAAUGUCUGAAGCUCGUCCCACCGCCAUUUAGACCUACCUCUCAGCAGCCACAGGAAGAACAACAGUCGCAAGAACGGUCUCAUAAACGACGCAGGUGUUUGAAUAACUCACCUGCAGAGGGCUCAUUACUGGUUAAACCGAUUCCCCCACUCCAUCCUCCACUUCCCGCCGCACAGUUACCCAAAGAAUCAUUGCCUUUCAGUCUAACCCGUGCGGAUAAGCCCGAAAACGGUCACCGAUAUACAAAACGACAAAUUUCCGACGCAAAUGGCGAUACGGAUAAGCAAAGAAAAUCGCCUACGAAUAAGAUUGAAAGAUUGAAAGCGGCCUUUAUAGAUGGGCCUUUCCCAAUUAGCUCUUCCCAGCAGAUUUGGUCUUCAACUGAAAGCCUCAUUGACUGGAACCUUCCAACUCCGGGACGCCGCUUGUACAGUAUUAUGAAAGACAUAGAAGCAAGACUAACAAUAGAUUUCAUUGCAAGCCGGUUUUCCUUGGUCUAUGCGACUUUUGAAGUUGAUCACAAGAGUUCCGAGGUUGGCAGCGAUUAUGGCAAACGCAAGUCCCGAGCUUUCAAAAUGGUUGCAAAAGACUGGGGUUGCGAUGUCAAACAAGUCAAACAAGUUGAAAAACGAGGGAAAAACUAUAUUAACUUGAUGGGAGACAAUCUGGCCAUUAUAUUAGAAUUGAAGCCCGAAGUUUCUGUUAUGUGUGAAUACCAACUAACAAAUCGACUGCGGCAAGCGAUCGCUCGUUGGCACGAACAACGGUAUCCCAGUGAAAAGAGGAUUGAGAGGUUUAUCUUAGCUGCAAAAAUCAUACUUAAAGGAUUAUAUACAUAUGGAAAAAGGCAAUAUUCUUAUUCCUCGCUUAGGGAUUCCCCGAGCCGUUUAUUAAUUGAAGUGAAGCGAUACAUUACCUGGGACAACGCCGGUAUCAUCACGCCCAAACCCCUCUCCGGGUUACUGGAUAAUCCGGGCCAGCCAUCUUCCCAGAGACUGGAAAAUGCUGCGAACACACCAGGAUCGAGUACCGUCCAGUUUCACCCGCCCGAAACUGUAAAUCUACCAUGCACGAGCUCAAGCCUGCAGAUUCCAAUAGAUGCAGGACCUCAGGCCAGCCCCGAUUUCAAUGGAAUGAAUAUGGAUAGCUACAACAACGCGUACCAAGAUCAAGCGCCAAUAUGUCCGACACCGGUCUUCCGCCCUGCUGCAUCUGCAAGUUUCAUAGAAACUGAUCUAGCAACACUGGUACCUCCGCCGGCAGCUGAGUCGACCCAGCCGGCAACCUCUGAACAGCCGUGGCAUCCUGCUGCAUUUGCGAGUUUCAUAGAAAUUGACCCAGCAUCGCAGCCAGCGACUGAGUCAACCUCCGAACAGCAGUGGCAUCCUGCUGCAUCUGCAAGUUUCAUAGAAACUGAUCCAGCAACCCUGGUGCCUCCGCCGGCCCAGCCGGCAACCUCUGAACAGCCGUGGCAUCCACUUCCACAUUUUACGUAA